GUCAUGCGUCAGAGGGCAAAAGGGCUGAUCAACUCUAUGACUUCACUCCCAUCACCACAUCCCACCCAGCACAGGCCAUAAGACCUAGAAUCAACGCCUCAGUUGGGAGAAGACCACACUAGUGCCAUGAAGCUGAGUUCAUCCCUGGCUUCUUUUGCUUGGAAAUAAAGUCAAUGGGGCGUUUCUCCAACUUUAAAGAAAACUGAGCCCUUCCUACUACUUAAAUCAAAAACUGCCUGAAUAGAUCAUUGAGCCAGAGGGGGAGACAGCCAUGGAGGACAGCCCCACCAGGGUUAAAAUGGACCCAGAAGAAAACCAGGUUUCGCCAUGGCAAGGGAGAAGGUGCCUCCCCAAGGUGCUUGGCUAUGUCACUGGUGAUAUGAGAGAAUUUUCCAACUGGCUUAAAGACAAACCCCAGGUGCUCCAGUUCAUGGACUGGGUUCUUCGGGGCAUCUCGCAAGUGGCAUUUGUCAACAACCCCAUCAGCGGAAUCGUGAUUCUGGUGGGACUCCUGGUACAGAACCCCUGGUGGGCUCUCAACGGCUUUGUGGGAACAGUGGUCUCCACCCUGACAGCCCUCCUGCUCAGUCAGGACAGGUCAGCCAUCGCCGCGGGCCUCCACGGCUACAACGCCACGCUGGUGGGGAUCCUCAUCGCCGUCUUUUCUAACAAGGAGAACUAUUUCUGGUGGCUGCUGUUCCCUGUAUGUCUUAUGUCCAUGACUUGCCCAAUUUUCUCAAGUGCGUUGAGCUCCGUGUUCUGCAAGUGGGACCUCCCUGUCUUCACACUGCCCUUCAACAUGGCGUUGUCAAUGUACCUUUUGGCCACGGGACAUUACAAUCCAUUCUUCCCAACCAAAUUGUUCACACCUGUAACCUCAGUCCCCAACGUCACCUGGUCUGACCUGAGUGCCUUGAAGUUGUUGAAAUCCCUGCCCGUGGGCGUUGGUCAGAUAUAUGGCUGUGACAAUCCGUGGACAGGGGGCAUUUUCCUGUGCGCCAUUCUGCUCUCCUCCCCGCUCAUGUGCCUGCACGCCGCCAUCGGAGCGCUGCUGGGGAUAGCGGCAGGACUGAGUCUCUCAUCCCCAUUUGAGAACAUCUACUUCGGACUCUGGGGCUUCAACAGCUCUCUGGCCUGCAUUGCAAUUGGAGGAAUGUUCAUGGCACUCACCUGGCAAACCCACCUCCUGGCUCUGACCUGCGCCCUGUUCACUGCGUACCUUGGAGUCAGUUUGUCACACAUGAUGGCUGUGUUCGGACUGCCAGCUUGUACCUGGCCCUUCUGCUUGGCCACCCUACUGUUCCUCUUGAUGACCACGAAAAACCCCAACAUCUACAGGAUGCCUCUGAGUAAAGUCACUUACCCUGAAGAAAACCGCAUCUUCUACCUGCAAGCCAAGAAAAGGAUGGUAGAAAGCCCAUUGUGACAGCAGCCACCACCCAUGGCCAUGGUCACCAAGCACCUCUGACUUCCAUGCCAGUGGGCUGCAGGAUCUCAGCCAACCAUCAUUUUCACUAAUGUCAACUUUCAUACUAACCCAUUGGUGAUCUGUUCUUAUGCUCAAAUUGUAUUUUUCUUUCAGCCUCGAACAUGUGAGCUACAUGUCCAGCGAGGCAUUCUGGUUAUGGAAUGGUAAACUCCACUGGGGCGCUGGCACUACGGCUGUAAUAUAUGUGUGAAGUUAAAAUGCCCCAACAGAAAGGGGAAGUGAGACUAGAGCUAGUUAUUGUAUUUAUUGAUAAUCGUGGCUUGAUGGGCUAGUGACAUUAACAGUAUUAAAAAUUAAGCCCUACACACCAACUAAGCCUUACGUGAAUGGAACUCCUGGUCACAAAAUCAAAGUCAACCAACAACACUCAGAUAAGCAGUUAGGGUGUUAAAAUCGAUGCCAGUUAUACAUUACAGCGAUGGUUGACGCGGUGGAGGCCGAUCACUGAGCUGGUCCCUGUCCUUAGCAGAAGGGCAUCGAGGUUGCUGCUGCGGGCGGGCACUCUUUUGGGAAAGGGUUGGGUUUGUUCAGGCUGACAGAGCUGCAGGAGGAAGAAGGGAUUGUACCAGUCAAGAUUAUUCUGUAUUGACACUUUUCUUAAAUAAGCAAAAGAAAUUUUGAGUGGUCAUUUUUUUCUCCUUAUGAGAAUGGAUUUGUUUUUCGGUAAGUUCCUGGUUUAACCUGUUCCUAGAUAUUUUUAUAAAACGCUACACAUGGCUAUUUUUAUUUAUUCCCUAAGUUGAUUGUGGAAAUGUCAUGAAUGCAGAGAAUCAAGCCAUCUACAUCGAGAGCCCCUUAAAGCCACAAUUUCAAUUUGUUUGUGGCUGUCUUAUAUGUUACAAGCACUGAAACUUACAGUCAGAUUGCUUCUGGUAUUUAGAAGUUGUUGAAUUUCUUUACAAAAUUCUUUUCUAUAUAUGUAUGUUAGUUUCACUUGGGAAACAAUGGUAUUUGAAUCACCAGAAGUAGUACAGGCAAAGGAUUCCCGUUUUUGUUUUUUUAACUUAAAAACGAUCAGUUCUAGAAAGAUUCUAUAACAGAACAUGUUGGAGGAGAUGGAGAAGUCAUCAUGCUCAUCACCUUCCUCUUCAGUUUGCUCAGUUUGGUAUUUUGGAGGAUCAGGGAAGGGAAGCAGCGGAAUCCUGAAGGUUUUACCCCCUUUGGGUUUGCUGUGCUCAGUGCAAAACAUACAGUUUGCUGCCUGAAUAACCAGGAAAAGGAAAGUAAACCUACAAAAAUCUCAGGGAGAGUUCACUUGUUUUCUCAGGAAACAUUGUUCACAUUAUAAAACCCUGGGUCCAAAGCCUUUGGACACCAUCAAUUUGCCACUUUGAUAGAUUCAUUCAUGUAUAUUCCUGUGGAAAAACCAAAGGUUCAGUGUGUGAACUGAAAUCUUCCUUGUGAGGGAAUUUGUGAGGCAGAGUUGCAGGGGAAACAAAGAAGCGACAUAACCAAAGAUAAGCCGGGUGGAAAAUCUGGGCCAUGGGUGUGUGGAGCAGACUCCAAGGUGGCCCCAGUCCAACUGCAGAGUGGCGUGUUGGGGUGUGCACUGCACACCUGUGUGCACACGCCACUUUAUAAAUAGGAUCAUUUAAAGCAUUGUACAGGGCCUCCCCGGUGGCGCAGCGGUUUAGCACUGGGUUACGAAGCUGCCCGCAGCCUCUGCAGAGCUGGUUCGAUUCCCGGCUGCUCCCCGGCCACCGGAGGAGGGUCCCACAUGGCGCGCAGACCCCUCCUGCCGCCCGCUGCUCCCCUCAGCAGUGUACCUCGGUCCUUCUGCCUGCUCUGCUCCCCGCUCUGGCUCUGGUGAAUUCUCUCACCCUCCCGCACUUCUGACUGUACCCAGUGCUUGUAUAAAUA